AUGGCGUUUCCGGGGGCAUUGCAACUAAUAGAGGAUAGGGAUCUCUUCCGCACCAGAGUCUCAGAAAGCCAAGGAGUGCCCAGGAGCGCCAAUGUAAAACGCCGAGGAAAGGUGUGGGUGGAUCGCCCUUGGUAUCAGAUCUGUGGAGUUGACCCCAGCUCGACCCCUGGUCGGCAACAUCAUCCAAGGCAAUGCCUCCAUGUUACGCCAAACGUCCAUUGCUCAUAUAGAGCGAGUCUUGGCCCUUUUCCCAACAUGCAUCUUUCCGCAUUCGCGGGCCUCCGGGCAGUGCGGCCGCCCCUUUCUUCGGUUGAACUUGCACGACUGGCCCCUACAACCCAGUUGACAGCAGGCCAAACCACCACUCCCCAGUGA